AUCGCACCCGACUCCAUCCGCUCGACCAGGACGGCGCUCGACCGCUCUCUCUAACCCUAACGGCGGCGGGCCGGCAGGCAAGCAAGCACGCGGCGGACCGCGGACGCGCCUCGAGUCCAGGCCAGCGGCGCAUCGUGUCCAUCCCUGUGGUCUCCGAGAGCGUGGCGGACUGGGGCCACCCGCCGCCGGAGAAGCGCGCCGCGUUCUGGGCGAGUCGGCGUGGAGAGGCGCCGCGUUCUGGGCGUCGAGUUCAAGGUUUAACCAUUUGUGAUAUCCUUCUGGGGUUAGCUGCAUCGCAAGGAAAAUGGCAAGCAAAGCAGGUGAUGAUGGCAAAGAAGCCAUAAACGAGCAAGUAAUUGCCAAUACUUACGCUAACAAGCGUACCGAAAUGAACCAACUCUACACCAAGAUCACAGAGCUGGAGAUGGAGGUGAGUGAGCACUCUCUUGUGAUUGGUGCAAUCGAGCCGCUGGACCCCUCAAGGCGCUGCUACAGAAUGAUUGGUGGCGUCCUGGUCGAAAGGACCAUCAGAGAGGUCCUGCCCGCAGUGAAGCGCAACAAGGAGGGCCUUGAAGAGGUCAUCGCUCGCAUGCAUGAGGCGCUGGAGAGGAAGAAGAAGGAGAUCACCGAGUUCGAGCUCAAGUACAAGAUCAGGAUCAGGAAGGCUGACAAUGAUGCCGAGGAAGAAGGCAGCAAGAAGGAAGGGACUGCGCAGGGAGUUCUUGUUGGUCCUGCUGGCCAGUAAAACGUAUCGACAGCGACUUGCACACCCUCGUUCAUGGAAAGCCAGAUUACUCUUUUGCUGGAUGCCACUGCUACCAGUAUCUGUUUGUUGAGUGCUGUGCACAUGCCGGACCAGCGAUUCUGUGUAAAACCGUAAGUUAUGCUAGAUGAGAACCUCGUUCGAUCGCUAGAUGUUUUUUACGCUCCAUGUUGAAUCACAAUUGCUGUAUCCUUCAUUGUUCUUCAGUUGUUAUUCGUGCUCCAGAAUUUUUUUUCUGUAUGUUGGUGGCGCGAUUCAGAUUCACUUGGUUAGAAUCCUUUAUUUUCA